AUGCCUCACAUAUCAGAUCGAGAAUACCCUCCAGGCUUUCUAGUGCCACCCGACCCUGCUUUCACAUCCACUUCCAGCUCUCGACCGAGCACUUCUGCUAGCUCCGUUUCCACAGCCCCUUCCAGUCUCUCCGAUGAUGCAUGCAGAGAGGAUAUAGAAGACACAUCGAAGCCAGUCGAGACACCGCGAUUGGAUAUCGAAUCCAUACAAAGACCUAAUGGAAAUUCGAUCAACAUUACCUUCUCGCUCUCCAAGGCCACCUCGUCUUCUCCUUUUGCUCUAGGGGUGAACGCUCAUACAAGCCCAGACGAGUCACCCCCAGAAAUCUCACACAGCGGGCAUUCAGAUGAAGGGGACACCGACUCUGAGGUGUCCGAGCCUGAAGAACCAGUCCCGCCGCGGCCUUAUUGCAAGAAUCCUUUCCAAUUCUGCCCUUCACCAGCCGCUGAAGAAUGGGAGAAAAGGAAAGCAGCCCGAGGUGAAGUAAACGAGGUGAUAGAUAGGCUGAUGCGCUACCAGGGGUUGGAGGAGGUCAAGCAGCAAUUUUUGGACAUCAAGUCCAAGGUCGACAUUUGUGAGAGCCAAGGACGUAGCUUGAAUAGGGAGCGUUUCAAUGUCGUUUUCCAAGGAAAUCCGGGAACUGGUAUAGAUUCCCCCUACCUUGUUUCGGUGAAGCGCAUCACUGACACGAUGCUAGGCAAAACAACCUUCGCACGACUGUAUGCCGAGUUCUUGCACUCCGUUGGGGUGAUAAAUUCAAGUUAUUUCAAAGAGACAGCUGGAAUUGCUCUCGCUGUAAAAGGGGCAGAGGGAGCCCAGGACGAAGUUGAAGACAUACUCAAUCACAACGGGGGGGUCUUGUUCAUAGACGAGGCAUACCAGCUCACUGCAGCGUACAUUGAAGCUCUUGGAAAACAAGCACUGGACUUUCUCCUAAAAGCUAUGGAAGACAACAUUGGCAAACUGGUGGUGGUAUUUGUAGGUUACAAAGAGGAGAUGGAGUCAUUCUUUGAGCACAACCCAGGCCUUACCAGUCGAAUCCCAUGGACUAUGCACUUUGCCGAUUUCACCGAUGCCGAGCUCUGGGAGAUUCUCUACGACAACAUCCACGUCGGAUACCGAGGAAAUAUGAGAGUCGACGGCGGGAUGGAUGGGAAACCUAUGCGUAUCGCCGUCCGCCGUCUCGCCCAGUCUCGGGGCAACAGAGGAUUCGGAAAUGCGAGAGCAGUGGAGAAUCUCAUCGGUCAGAUAUCGUCUCGACAGGCCAGGCGGCUUCAAAAGCUGAGAGUUCAGGGGAAGGAGCCUGAUUGCAACUUUUUCACGCAGGAAGACGUGAUUGGGCCCGACCCUUCCGAUGUCCUCCAGAGCAGCCACGCAUGGAACGAACUCCAAAAGCUUAUCGGCUUAGACACCGUCAAGAAGAAUGUGCGAACAAUGAUGGGAAUGAUCCAGAAGAAUUACCGCAGAGAAUUGAAAGAGAUCAAGCCGUUCCAGCUUCCUUUGAAUCAGCUCUUCCUGGGACCUCCUGGAACAGGCAAAACUACCGUUGCAAAACUCUAUGGGCAAAUCCUGAACGACCUGGGCCUUCUCACCCGAGGCGAUUUGAUCGUGAAGAACCCAGCCGAUUUUAUCGGAGAAUGCUUGGGAAAGUCAGAAGCCAAAACGAGAAAGAUUCUCGAGGCCACCGUAGGGAGGGUGUUAGUUAUCGACGAGGCGUACAUGUUGGACCCUGGUGAUCCCAACAAGGAGCAAGACAAGUUCAAGACUGGUGUCCUCGACACUUUAGUCUCCAUCAUCCAGGGGGUUCCAGGUGAAGAUCGCUGUAUCAUCUUCGUAGGAUACGAGGAUCGCAUCCGCAAUAUGUUCCACAACGCAAAUCCAGGCCUCUCUCGACGCUUUCGUGUUGACCGUCCAUUUCGAUUCCAAAACUUCACGAUCAACCAGCUGCUGCAAGUUAUGCAGCUAAAAAUGGAGCAGAAGGAUCUGUCCUGUACACCGGAAGCGUGGGAAGUCGCUCGAGACGUGUUAGAGCGGGCUCUUAUGCGUCCAAACUUUGGCAACGCCGGAGAUGUCGACAACUGUCUGGCUGCUGCUCAGAUGAAUUUCGAGCAGAGGCAGUCGGCCAAGCCGCUUCAUGAACAGGCCUGCGAUGAUGAUCUGCAGCCUCAAGAUUUCGACCCAGAUUGGGAUCGAAUUUCGAGGGGAGCAACAGAUUGUCAGCGUUUGCUGUCGGGAAAAGUGCACCAGAACAUAAUUGACAAGUUUGUAAAUUAUCAAAAGCGAUGCCUUGGUGCGCGGAAAUACGGCUUUAGGCCUCGUGACCUAGUGCCUACGAACUUCGUCUUCGCAGGGCCCGCCGGAACCGGUAAAUCGACCGCAGCUUGUCAAAUGGGCCGUAUCUUUUACAACAUGGGGCUCCUCUCCGCCCCUGAAGUUGUCGAGCACUCGGCGAGCGACCUGAUCGGCCAGUACGUUGGACAAACCUCCCCUAAAACCCGCAAACUGCUCGAGUUGGCCAGCGGCAAAGUCCUCUUCAUCGACGAAGUUCACCGCCUGGCUUCGGGCCAGUUCGCAGCGGAAGCGGUUGAUGAGCUGGUUGGGUUUCUCACUCAGCAGGAGAAUGCGGGAAAGAUGGUGGUCAUCCUCGCUGGGUACCAGUCUGACAUACGCAAUCUGAUGUCCAAUCGUCCUGACCUCUCUGGCCUAUUUAAAGAGGAGAUCGCGUUCGACGAGCUGUCGCCUGAAGAUUGCGUGGCUAUUCUUCUCCGAGAGCUGGACGCCAAUCGGAUCACUACCGAAUCGGACUUCCUACGAGUUCGUGAAAGUAGAGGCCAUUCCAAUGUGCGAAAACUGUUCAAAGCUUUGAUAGCGUUGCCCGGCUGGAGCAACGCGCGUGACGUGAAAUAUUUGGCGACACAAAUAUUGGGCAAUUUCCUGGAAUCCGCCGCUGAUAACACAACGUCUGACCGGACUCUUUCAGCUGAUCAUGUCGAGGCCUGCAUCAUGGAUAUGAUCACCCUGAGCACAAACCGAUGUAAGAAGCUUGGAGACGAUGGGAAUACCGCCCUCCCGAUUUCACCUCCCCACGCGAACAACGACCCGGAGCCAGCAACACUCGAAGAGACUCAGGCUUCCCCGCCGCCACCGAGGAUCGAUCCUGCGAUCUGCACUCCAGGAGGAGAUACAGCCUGCGAUGUCGACGUCAACGUCAACACGCAACACAAGCCGGACCGCGAACACCAGCCAGGCCUAUCCAAAUCGAAGCAGCGAGAGCGCGACGACGAACCAGUCCCGAACCAGCGCCGAAGCCAACACACAAACGAUACUGACGCCCAAUCCAGCGAUGAGACCCAUGUGUCAAUCCCCCGGGCUCUCCAGCGCCAACAAUCCCCAAAAGUGGAGCAACACGAGAAACAGGAGCCCUCUUCCAGGCCGCAGUCCCUUCACAACAGUGAGGAAUUGGAACAUCAGGCGAGCCUCUCUGAGCACCAGGUUCCCGUGGAAGCGACAUGGGAGCAAAGAAAAAGACGGGCUACCCAGGUUCAAUUACAGACUGGUGUGACCAAAAUCAACACGAAGACAAAUUCAGGUACCCACACCCUGGUUCUUAGAGCACGCCGCUGGUUAUCUAGGCUUUUGAAGAGAGGCAGGAAGCGUGAAAAGCAGGAAACGAGGGUCUCCUCUCACCCUGGUCGAUGUGAAGCAGGAUAUGCCUGGAAUGCGGUUCCUGGAGGCUACCGGUGUGAAGGCAGACACCACUUUAUGCCAGCAUCAUAGCAUGAAUUUUGUUUGGCCCCUUUGUUCACUCACACUUACUCUCUCCAUUUCCCCCAUUUUGAUGUAUGUUUUUACUUUACCUUACUUUUCUUCUCCUUCUUUGUCCCCCUUUUUAUGUUGUACUGUAUUAAGAUACCCCAACUUGUAUUUCCGCACAUAUUCGGAAUGACUUUCUUGAAAUUGGCUUUUCUUCUUCUCGAGAUUUCUUUCUCUUUCUUUUCUUCUUCUUGUUUGUGUACGGAGUAGUGAUUAACAUGCAAUAUCAUGUUUUCCCUUA